CUGCUGCCACGAGCGGACGGCCGGGCAGCUCACUUCUGGCCGAUCCACACCCACAAUGGGGACCUGUACUCGAACAUUAGACCUCCUUUAAAUAAUACGAAGUGCAAUAUCACCACGGCUUGUAUCACCGUCACGGCUCUCUGCUGAUGCUGAUGCUGCUCCUCGGCCUUUUGCGGUGUGAUUGACCAGCAUCAAGACGCCUCGCUCAAUAUAUAUGCUGUGACCAUUCCAGGAAGCUCAGUCGCCAUGAACAAGAUGAACACGGCCACCGUUGGGCUGGCCGUAACGCCCACCGUGCUCUCGACAUUCGUAUCACAUUUCCUCAACCGCAAGCCUCUACACCAACGGCCGACGGCCCACCUCUCCUACGACGAGGGCCUGCACCUCAUCCGCUCGUUCCUACAAUACGUCUCCCACCACACGGUCGAGGAGCUUCAGGCCUUCACGGCCCAAUGGGUCCCGCACCCCCAGUGGAUCAAGGUCGACCAGGUCACCGUCCCUCCCGAACAGCUCGAGCACGCCGCCCGGCUCCUCGAGGCCCAGCUGGGGCCGGAAGGCGUCCGGAAGAUCGGGGGGAGCAAGUGGUGGCAAUGGCGGAAACCCGACCCCGGCACGCUGCAGGCUGAAUGGAUAGAGAUGCGGUCCGAUUACAACCAGCGCAAGAAGAACAAGGACGCCGGCAGGCGUGUCAUGCUGUAUGUUCACGGCGGCGCCUACUUCUUCGGAAGUGUCGACAUGCACCGCUACCAGAUGCAACGCCACGCCAGGAAGCUCAAGGCGAGGAUCUUCGCCCCCGACUACAGGCUGUCUCCUCAGUUCCCUUUCCCCUGCGGCUUGCAGGACUGCCUGGCCGCUUACCUGUAUCUUCUCACAGUGCAGGAGCCCGACACAAUUGUGCUGGCGGGCGAUUCUGCGGGCGGCGGCAUGGUGCUGUCCAUGCUGGUCACCUUGAGGGACCAGGGGCUGCCGCUCCCUGCUGGUGCCGUGCUGAUGAGUCCUUGGGUCGAUCUCACACAUUCCUUCCCGUCCGUGGCCGGCGACGCUCCCUUCGACUAUAUACCGCAGUCUGGUUUUCACCACAAGCCAUCAGCUGCGUGGCCACCUCCUGAUGAUGACGAAUUGAAAGAACUGAAGAGGCUGGCUUUGCUGGAAAAACAGAAGAAGCAAUCUUCGACAAAAGGAAAGGACCCGGGAUCGGAAGAGACUACGCCAUCCAGUGCCGAUAUUGCCGAGGCAUCCGGUACACAUCUGUCUCUUGUUAUGGAUGGUAAGACGGUGGAGAUUAAGGAACAAAUCCAGAUGUACACAACUAACGAGCUCCUGUCGCAUCCCCUCGUUAGCCCCAUUAUGCAGGCAAGUCUUGGAGGCCUGCCUCCGCUUCUUGUUAUGGUCGGGGGCGGAGAGAUUCUCCGAGAUGAGCAGAUAUAUCUAGCUCACAAGUGUGCCAAUCCGUCCAAAUAUCCACCGCCCGAGUCGGCAUUGGAUGAUAAAGGUCGUGAGCAGAUCAAACAUUACAAGCCGACGGAUGUGCAGCUUCAAGUCUGGGAUGACCUAUGUCACGUCGCACCGACCCUCAGUUUCACCAGGCCAGCAAAGUACAUGUACCGUUCUGUGUCCCAGUUCAGCGCUUGGGCACUGGCGAGAGCACAAAAGCGUGAUAUUGAGAUCCUGGAUGACGACGAUAUUUCGGUCAUAUCUACCUCUAGCUCAGCCUCAGAUAAGGAAGAGGUCACAAAGCGAGAUGAGGAAGCCGCCAUGCAGGAGUCUAAAGGUCAGGUUGGCAAGGCCGGCGAUGUUCUGCCACCAUUCAAAAACCACAUGAUACGGCAGCGAGUGACACGGCACGGCGUUAUUUUCCCACUGGCCCCAGCAUCUGAGCUCCCAGGUUGCACGAUGCCCAGGGAGCUUGUUGGUGUAGUGAAAGAAGAGACUGUGAGGAAGUGGAUGAAGCAGAAGAGCGAAUGGGACCGCCGUUAUGCAUCGACCAAGAAGAAGGUCCACAAGAAGUUUGUGCAAGACUUGGCCGUUGGGUAUGAGGGUUUCGGCGAAGGAGAGCUCCCACCCCCCAGUGCGCUCGCAGGCAGAAGGAAGAAGGGCGACAAGGAGGUCACGGGUGUGGCCAAGCGCGCCAAGAGUAUGGGUCUGGCUAUGUGGUCUGGCUGGGGAUCGAAGCAUGACAAGAUGACCAUGGACCGGGAGAGGGAGGCAGAGAAAGACGGUCCCGACGGAAUUGAGUUCACGGCCGCAACUGCUGCGGAAGGCGAGGGAGCUCGGUCGUUUGCGGAUAUCGAAAGACAGGGCACCGCGGCGCCGAACUCGGCGCCAGGGAGCCCGCGAAGCCGUUCGAGGAGGGUGACAGUGCGGGAUGAAAGACAAACAGAAGGAGCGGACGACGUCGACGAGAACACGAGCGUUGCGGAGCUGCUGGCCAACAGGGGAGAGAAGGAGGCUAACAACCCGGUUCCCGUUCUGCUCACACCGGAAUACACACCAGAAGUUGGGAUUGGCUCGACGGGGAAGCGCCCUUAUGUGGACGGCAUAGCAGUGCCGUUCAGCAUCAAGAAGGAGGCAGACACGGCGAGCAUGAUGACGCUGACGAGCUACAUGACGACGGGCGGAGGCCCCGCGUCGCCCAGGAUCUCGUCCUCUCGGCCCAUGACGCCCAACACGCUGGCGGACAGGACGAGCAAGGACCUGAGCGUGCUGGAGAAGCGCAACUCGAGUGUCAACGGCGACCAUGACGAACACGCCGGGAAGGACGUCGUGCCUACUCACAUCGACGGCGCCACACCCGCCACCCAGGCGCCAGCCAUGGAGCGGCCGCCGCUGGAGACCUUCACCACUGCCGCGGAGGAGCUUCCGAAGGCGAAGGGGCCGUAUAGCCCUAGUGAUGUAGAUUGACAUUGACGCCAGGCUGGUGUGUGUUUUGGGAAAUGUUGAAGUGGUGAUUGAGAUAGCAUAUAUAUGAAUAAAUGCUAUAUAAACCCAAGUAAGAUGGCGAGUCCGUUGCAAGGAAGUGGAAGGUCUUACAAGAUAUCUGAAACUGGGAAAGCCUGGCGGUUCAUGUUACCAUGCCC